UCUUAAGUCUCAUUAAAUGUUAAUAUUAAAGUUACUUUUAAGUACGGUGUUAGAUUAGAUUUCUACUAACUGCCAAAUGUGAAAAUAUAUUUAUGCAAAUAUAAAAUGCCAGAUAACCUAUCAAGUGUAUGUGUCGAUACCAUAGUAGAGAAAUGUCUGAAAACAUACGAACAACUACCCAAAAAAGGAAAACCUGCCGAUGAUGAAUGGACGGUACUAUCUUGCAUUGUGAAAUAUGAAACCGAACAUGAUACGAUCGAAGUAUUAUCCUUAGGAACUGGAUCUAAAUGUAUUGGUGCUACAAAAAUGUCGCCACUCGGAGACUUGCUCAAUGACAGUCACGCUGAAGUGUUCGCUCGGCGAGGGCUUAUACAUUAUCUAUUCCAAAAUAUCGAAAAGGCUACCAACAAUCUGGAUUCUAUAUUCAUUAAAACGGAUGGCAAGCUAAAAUUAAAAGACAGUAUAGAAUUUAUAUUUUAUUCUUCACAAUUGCCUUGUGGUGACGCAUCUAUUAUACCUAAGAAUGGUGAAGAGAAAGAGGACCACUUUGGUGACCUAAUCAAGGUUAAAAGAAAGGCAGAUGACAGUGACUGUGUUCAUGACACUAAAAAACUAAAAUUAAGUGAUAUUCAUCGAACCGGUGCAAAAUGCCUUUCAAAUGCAGAACAGGACCUUAAAAUUCCUGGAAAAGAUUAUCAUGUUUUAGGUCAGGUUAGAACUAAGCCUGGAAGAGGUGAUAGAACACUAUCAGUGUCUUGUAGUGAUAAAAUAGCUAGGUGGGUUCACCUUGGUAUACACGGUGCUCUUUUGGACUUAAUAUGUGAACCUGUUUGUAUAAAACAUUUCAUAUUCGGUGCAUCUGUACCAUAUUGUGAAGAAUCAUUAAAUAGGGCAAUUUUAAAAAGGAGUAAUGAAUUCAAUAACACCAGAGCUCCAAAAUUUUACCAGUCUUCAAUAACAUUUUCAGAUAUAAAAUCAGAAGGAAAGUAUAGACCUGCUCCAGGUAGCAUAGUUUGGAUAAAUCUUACUAAUCCGAUUUUAGAAGUGGCAGUUCAAGGCAGAAAGCUGGGUUUGACAAAAAAAGGAAAGUCAAUUUCACCUGACGCAUCACUGAUUAUCAGUAAAUACAACAUAUACAAAACAUUUCUUAAAUUAUUAAAUAGAAACAAGGAGUUAAAAGUGUCCAUUUUUGGAAAUGAAAGUAUAGAAAAUAUACCAUACAAUAAAAUGAAGAUAAAAUCUAAACAAUAUAGAGACCGAUGGGAAAAUCUCAAAGAAAAAUUCUUUAGAAUCUGGACAGUCAAGGCUGACAUGUGGGAUUUCUGUGUAAAAAUACUCUAGUUUUAUUAAAUGUUUG